AUGGCGCCACUGAAAAUUCGCCAGAACCACUCCUUUACCCCAUCGCCCCCUCGGCCCCCUAAAGGACCAUAUACCCAACCAGUCAGUGUAAAUGCUCAAAUCAACCCUGCCGUUCUCGGUGAACUGUUUGCCGGAACAGUUGGUAUAUUCAUCUUUGCCGUUCUCUUCUGGAAAAUUGGCAAGUAUGUCCGAUCGCUGAACAGACACAGAGUGCUAAGAGAGGGCAAGUUGACAACCACUCGCUAUGCCAGGACUUGGUAUGGCUGGGUACCGCUUGAUGUACACGAGAGAAACAAGAGAAUAAUCGUGAAUAUCUUCAGUUGGAUUUUUGAUUGGCUGUCGUGGGAGUCAAGCAGAAUGGACUAUAGCUGGGUAUGGUGGGAUCCGGGUCAAAAAAUGACACAGAAGCGCCGGCGGCGGAGCAAAACCCCGAGCUGGAUGCCUCGGUUUCUUCAAAGGUAUGAGCCUCGUCCAGCCGAUCAGAUUUGGAACCCGGGAUCCCCUACCGAAUGCCAUGGCGCCUUGAUCGACAUCAUUGAAACCCAGACCGAUCAAAUGACAGAGCCCUCGAUAGCGAACUCGACAAUCAGCUUGAGUCGGUUAUCACAGGAACUUUCAAGAACACACAUAUCGGAAGUCAGCGAGAGCUCAAUUUACCAGGAAUGCUUUACUCAGUUUGAGCAUAUGCAUGGAAGCUAUGAGGACAAUAACAGCCAACAAAGUGAGGUGUUUGCCGCAACAAUACGGACGAUAUCCCCAACCCCGUUCAACAAGACUUGCCCCCCGAAGCUACAGUCACAAAAUAUGAUUCCUCCAUUGGGAAUCAAGUCCUGGUCCGUUCCCGAUUUCAAUAAAGUCACUGUGCAUUCGAAUGACCGCCUUGAAAACCAGGGAAAUCCGCAAUUGAAAAAUUGCAGGCUUUAUGUGGAUUCCCAAAGAAUGCGCGGUCAGCCGAUAGCGGAACCUAUACCAAAGGCACAUCGCCGACAUGCUCAAUUGCGCAAAUGCCGUGCGUGGUCUGCUAAAAUGCAGGUCAAGGCAAACAGGCUAGUGCCAUGUAAAUUACGAGACUCAUCUGGCCCUCCGGGGACCCCGUUUACUGACAUACUGUCCACUUUCCGAUCAGAACAGACUGCUUUAGAAUCGAUCCCAACCAAUCGAGAAAGCGGAGAUAACAGAGCACUGGGACAUUUGGCCGGCCAGGUCGUGCUAAACCAAUGCUAUAAACCAAUUCCAAGCGCACCUUUCGAUGCAAUUACCAAGUUCCACACUUUACCGGCCAGAUUUCGUCCACAAUCGGGCCACAUGUCAGCGGAGGAAGUGGUUUCAAGCCCAAUUUUCGAAACUAUAGGACACGCGAGGGGACUGCAGGUCAGACAAAUGUUGACUUUCAGAGGUAAAUCGUCUUCGCAAAACGACAAGGUUUUCUUGGAUCGGUUAGACCGACGAGCUGAUGAUGAGCUUUGCGAUUGGGAGAUCAGAUUGAUAGAUGGAUUGAAUCGCAAGUUGGUGUGGAUAUUCAACGAGACGACUCCCGGCCAGAAGCCGUAUCACUUUGCACAGCUAGCAAAUCACUGGUUAAAUAGAGAGACCUGGCUAGUCAUCGAUCCGGUAUCAAGAGUGCCCCUUGAUUCAAGACGAGAGCGGGGAGACCCACGCUUCAAUGUCCCUUACCCGGAGCCGACAUAUGAUUCCAAGCCGAAAUACCCGGUCCCUAUUCAAAAACGUGCCUAUACACCUCGUAUCGAUUCGUGGCGUGCCACAGUCAACCGGCGGAGAAGGAUAUCUGGACUUCGCGAUGCAGUGCGCACCGUGGAAUUAUACGAGAACUCCAUUGAAGAGCCACCCGAUGGACAUAUCGACCCUGGAUGCUGGAUGUUCCCAAGGCCCCCUCAGGGGUUUGAGGUUUCUACCAAGCAAAAGGAUGGGUGGUACGAAGGUGGGACUGGUUGGCAAGAGACAUUUGAAGACUGGCAGCAUAUCGGUUGGGGUUACCGUCUUCGCAAAACCAUCCAGGAGGGACGUGUCAACCGCCACUGGGCAAAAGGGAUUGCUAGUCGAGUUCAUAGAGGUUGUCGGUCGACAUCUCUUAAUAUCAUCUCCAAGGAUGCUCAACGGGUUCCGGCUUCUAGAGUGGCUGUGGUGUGA